CGGCGUUUCUCUUCUCUGCCUCCACACCGCGCCCCAUUCCCAUGUGAAGGAGCUCGUCUGCUUCUCUUGCUCCACACCUUGACCACGAGCCAUUCCACCGCAUUCUCUAAUUAAGCUGGGAGGGAGAAGGACACCGGCGGGUGCCCAUCGUCGAGCACCUGGUGUGCACUCGCGCUCGGCUCCGCAUCUGCUCCGCUUCACCACUGCCUCGACAGCGACCGGUCGAUCUCCUCCGACAACCCAAAGCAAGGCAAGCCUAGCGGAAAGGCCAGAGUCAGUAUCUUCGUCCAAUCGCUAGUCGCUAGAUGGCCGAUAUAGCCGCUAACGAAGCUGACCAACAGGCUGCUGGACCUGCAAGCGAUCCCGUACGGCCACAAGUGGAUCCCCAGCUGCUGAUGGCUGCUCGCCGCGGCGACAGCGAUCUGCUCAAGGAGCUGCUGGGGCUCAACAUGGAUCCACUUGUGACAUCAGAGGGAGUCGUCGUCGUCGUGGACGUCGUCCCGCCUCCCCGGCGUACUCCUCCUGCUGCGGCUGCGGCUGCUGGUGAUGUUGAUCGAACCGGUCACCUCCUCACUCCCGGCGGCGGCGCCACCGCCACUUGAUGGGGUGACAGCCGAGGGGGCUCCCUGCUGCACGUGGUCGCGGAGUGCGGGGACAGCCACAAGUUCCGCGACUGCACCAGGCUGAUCUACUACAGGGAGAAGCACCUCCUGGACGCGCCCAACGGCAAUGGUGACACGCCCCUGCACUGCGCCGCGGCCGCCGGGAACGCCGAGAUGAUCUCCUUCCUCAUCCACCUCGCGGCCGCCGGCGACGACGGAAAUACGGAGGCGGAGAAGGCGGAGAAGGAGGUGGCGUACCUGAGAAUGCACAACAACCGUGGGGAGACCGCGUUGCACCAUGCGGUCCGUGCAGCUGCUGCUGCUGCCGACAACGAGGACGAUAAGCAGCUGGCCCUGGACUGCAUCGACCAGCUGAUGGCCGCCGAUCCACAGCUGGCCGCCAUCCAACACCCGAAUGAGAAGGCUGCUUCCCCAUUGUACCUGGCCAUCUCACUGGGUGAAAUUGGCAUUGCAAAGCAUCUGUUCGACAAAACUGAAGGCGAGCUGUCCUACUCCGGACCAGAUGGACGGAACGUCUGGCAUGCAGCUGUUUCUUUUCCUCAAGCGCUAGAUAUGGUUUUGGAAUGGUUCAACGAUAAGCAAUUGAUGGCGGCCGACAUGCGGCAACAAGAAGGUGGGGAUCACCGGCAUGUGGCAGCUGAUGAUGAACUCCUCGCGCGGCUCAGUAGCCAGAGGGACAAUGACAACGGGAGCACACCUCUUCACUUGGCCGCAUCAAUUAACGGGUUACCGUCGGCACUAUAUAUUCCCAUAUGUUCUCCGCGAGUUUUGGCGCCGUUGCGGCGGCCAAAGCCGGUGGAGCUGCUGCUGAAAGCCAACGAAUUCGCGGCGUACCAGCCGGACAACCAAGGGAUGUACCCAAUACACGCCGCCGCGUCGGCUGGCAGCCUGGAGACCGUGAAGAUCCUGCUUGAGAAACACCCAGACUGCGCCACUCUGCGAGAUGCGAGAGGAAGAACUUUCCUCCACGCUGCUGUUGAGAAGAAGAGGUUUGGAGUGGUUAAGUAUGUAUGCCACUGGAAGAGGAAGGAAAGGUUUGCAUUGAUCCUGAAUGCACAGGACAAUAACGGGGACACCGCGCUAUCCAUGCUGGAGAUCUUGGAGUCUUCCGACGCCUUAUUUGGUGUCAUAAGGAACGCUUGGACGUACCGAAUUAAAUAAGAAGGGCAUGAGACCUAUUGAUGUUUCAUGGAGCAUGAUGCCUCUAAAAUGUUAUUAUGCAUGGGAUCUAAGAGUCCACAUACGAACAUUGCUAUUGAAAUUGGGAGCUCCAUAUGGUGAAAGUCAGAGCCACAUCUUCAACAAAAAACGACACGCCAUCAUCGUCGACCCCAAAUUUAAAGGAGGCGAGGAAAAGAUGUUGGAGAAUGUAACAGCUGCAACGCAAGUCUUGGCCCUUUUCUCCGUCCUCAUCACAACCGUGACAUUUGCGUCGGUUUUCACGUUGCCCGGAGGCUACCGGUCUGCCGGCGAUGGUGGCAGUGCCGCCGGCACGCCGUUGCUUGCUGGGCGUGGGUGCUACGCUUUCGAUGCGUUUAUCCUCUCUGACGCUCUAGCAUUCGUUUGCUAUUUCAUGGCUACGUCCGUCCUGCUCUAUGCCGGGGUGCCUGCUUAUAAACUCGAGGUCCGCCUCCGCCACAUUAAUUUUGCAUAUAGCCUGAUGAUGAAUUCUGGAAGAAGCUUGGCGGCCGCUGUAGCUUUGGGACUCUACGUGGUGCUGCUUCCACCGGUUGGCCGCACCAUUGCGAUCGCGAUCGCUGCCGCGAUGGUCAUGCUUGCACUUCUGCUCAGCAAGGCAUCAGAAGGCAUCGAGUCUCUCUUCGGCAUUGCUAUUGCAAGAAACCGGAAGCUGUCAAUUCGAGACUCUGUGGUAGGCUUCACUAUAUAUGUGGGGGAACGCUAUUGGUCCUUCAUCCUAAUCUUCGGCCUCCCAGCAAUUCGUAAGUGGGCAAGGGCAGGGUAAGAUAUUAAGCACGUACAUGGACGACCUUAAUUCACAUUCGGACAUCAUCACGUACGGCCGGAACAGUUAAUGCAUGUGUGUGUCGUUGUUUUUAUGAUCAUUUGUAUUACUAUACCUGUCUCACAAUCUCCCAUAUAUAUAAUUAUCGCAUACGUCGUCCAAUUGUAAUAAUGUAAUAAACUAACCUCAUGUACGUCGUUGCCUGUUGUUCAUUAUUCAGCUUAUUAAAAUAAACAAGGGGCAACUAUGUGUCGUGCGUUCUUGCCAGCCCCUAUAUAUUUUUUCA